CGCGACUGAGUAAAGAACAAAGUGUAAAAAAUGGAAGUGAUUUUUACUAUUAAUGGAGUAAUCCAUAAAGUUUCACCGGCAAGCGUGCCUCUCGAUACAUCAUUAACGACGUAUAUAAGAGAACACGCGCAGUUAAAAGGAACAAAAUUCAUGUGCUUGGAGGGUGGUUGUGGAGCAUGCACGGUUACUUUGAAGGGGAUUCAUCCUGUAACGAAGGAAGCUGUGGCUUAUGGCAUUAAAUCCUGCCUUCAAAAUGUCUAUUCUUGUCAUGGUCUUGAUAUCACGACAAUUGAAGGCAUAGGAAAUACAAAAGAUGGUAUGCAUAAAGUUCAAAAGAGACUGGCUGAUUUUAAUGGAACUCAGUGUGGAUAUUGUUCUCCUGGUAUGGUCAUGAAUAUGUAUUCCUUGUUGGAAUCUAAAAACGGAGAAGUGACGAUGGAAGAAGUUGAAAAAUCCCUUGGAGGAAAUAUUUGUAGAUGCACUGGAUAUCGUCCAAUUUUGGAUGCAUUUAAAUCUUUAGCAGUUGAUGCUGAAAGUAAAUUAUUGGAUAUCUGCAAAGAUAUUGAGGACUUAAAUGGAGUUAAAACGUGCCCAAAAUCUGGCUCACCAUGUUCUGGCAAAUGCAGUUCUAUAAAACUUGUUGAGAAUAAUACAAUCAGCUUCUUUUUUGAAGACGAAAGAGAAUGGCAUAAAGUUUAUAAUCUUGAACAACUUUUUAAAGUUAUGGGUACUAUACAAUAUCGACCAUAUAUUUUAAUCGGUGGAAAUACAGCACAUGGUGUUUACCGUAGAUCACCAGACUUGAAAGUCUUUGUUGACAUUUCAAGUGUUGAAGAAUUAAAGAAAUAUAAUCUGAAUAAGGAUUUUUUGGAAUUGGGUGGUGGAGUAACACUUGCAGAAACAAUUGAAAUAUUUAAGAAGGUUGGAACUGAAAACAGAAACUUUUCAUAUCUGAACGAUGUUGCUAAUCACUUUGAAAUGAUUGGUAAUAAUGCAGUUCGGAAUGUUGGAACGCUUAGUGGAAACUUGGUGAUGAAAUACAAUAAUUUGGAUUUUCCUUCUGACAUUUACACAAUUAUGGAAGCAGUUGGUGCCAAAAUUGUUUUAUUAACUGGAGCUGAGAAUGAGUGUACACCACUGCUUCCAUCUGACUUCAUAAAUUUAAGUAUGAGAAGAAAAGUAAUUGGAAAAAUUAUCUUUCCUGCAUUGGAUGAAUCUUUUGUGUUCCGAUCCUACAAAAUAAUGCCAAGAGCUCAAAAUUCUUAUUCAUAUGUCAUUGCUGCAUUUUUGAUAAGAUUCAAUAAUGAAAAAGAUUCUAUUUUGAAAGCUAAUAUUUGUUUUGGAGGAAUAAGCUCUGAUCUUGUUCAUGCAGAGAAAACUGAAAAGUUUUUAGUAGGCAAGAAUAUAUAUCAUAAUGAGGUCUUGCAACAAGCUUGCAGUAAAUUAAUAUCAGAAAUCCAACCAGAUGCAAAACUUCCACCAGCAUCCGAUGAAUAUCGUAAAAAUUUAGCAGUUUCUUUGUUUUAUAAGUUUGUUCUUAAUACAGCACCGAAAGAAAUUGUCGAUCAGAAAUUUAUUAAAGGAUCAGAAAUUUUAAAAAGAGAAAUUUCAACUGGCACUCAAGAAUUUGAGUAUGUUGAAAGCAGGUCAAAAUUAUACAAGCGCAUACCCAAAGUAGAUGGAGGCAUUCAGUGUACAGGAGAAGCUCAAUAUGUUAAUGAUUUACCACGGCAGCAUAAUGAGUUGUUUGCUGCUUUUAUAUUGGGUGACAAAGUAAAUGGAAUAGUUCAAAAUUUAGAUGCUUCUGAAGCAUUAAAAUUGAAAGGAGUUGUUGCAGUGUAUUCUGCAAAAGAUAUUCCCGGAAUUAAUAAUUUUAUGCCUGAAUGUUUCAAUGAAUUUAAUAAGCAUGUUGAGGAAAUCUUUUGUUCCGGAAAGUUACUCUACCAUGGUCAACCUGUAGGUGUUUUAAUGGCUGAAACUUUUGAAUUAGCUUACCAAGCUAGAAACUUAGUCAAAGUCGAGUACAGAUUUGAAAAAGAAGAUGAACCAAUUUACCCAACUGUUCGAGAUGUUUAUUAUGCAAAAGCAAAUGAUCGCUUACAUGAUAUCCCAAAAUAUUAUAUCAAGAGAGAAACGAGUGGAAGCGAUGUAAAACAUAAUAUUAAAGGUCAUUUUGAUAUGGGUUCAACUCAAUAUCAUCAUUAUAUGGAAACUCAGCAAUGCGUUUGUGUCCCCAGUGAAGAUGGCAUGGAUGUUUAUUCCUCAUCACAAUGGAUAGAUACUGCACAAAUUGCUGUUUCUCAGUGUCUUAAAGUUCCACAACAUCGAUUAAACUUUUAUGUUCGUCGAGUUGGUGGUGCAUUUGGUGGAAAAAUUACUAGACAUGCACAGAUUGCUUGUGCGGCUGCAUUAGGGUGUCAUUUGCUUAGAAGACCUGUUCGUUUGAUUAUGACUAUGGAAGAUAAUAUGCAAGCUAUUGGAAAACGAUUUUCUGCUAUUAGUGACUAUGAUGUCGAGUUUAAUGACAAAGGAAAGAUCCAAAAGUUAUAUCAGCAUUAUAUCCAAGAUCAAGGAUGUUGUUUAAAUGAGCCAGUUCAAUUCAAUACUUCCGUUUACAUUAAAAACUGCUACAAUAUUGAAAGCUGGGAAGUAACUACACAAAGUGCAUUAUCACAUUCAGCAUCAAAUACAUGGAUGCGAGCUCCAGGUAUAACAGAAGCAAUUGCCAUGACUGAAACCGUUAUGGAACAUAUGGCAAGAAUUGUAGGAAGAGAUCCUGUAGAUGUAAGAAUAGAGAAUUUGACUGACGAUAGUGUCUUUAAAACAAUGAUGCCUGAAUUUAUAGCUUCUGUUGAUUAUAGGAAAAGAAAAUCAGAAAUUGACUUAUUCAACCGUGAGAAUCGCUGGGUUAAACGUGGUAUUGCUGUUGUACCUUUAAGAUUUUACAUAUUUUGUACUGGAACAAUGCACGGAAUUGUCUCUAUUUAUCAUGGAGAUUCAUCAAUCGCAAUAUCUACUGGCGGAGUUGAAAUUGGUCAAGGAUUAAAUACAAAAAUUGUUCAAGUUGCAUCGCAUAUCCUUGAUCUUCCAAUGGAUAAAUUUGUCAUCAAACCAUCAAAUACCCUAAAUAAUGCUAAUGACGUUGGAACGGUUGCUUCUGUUACAGCUGAAAUAGCUUGUUUUGUUGUUAAAAAUGCUUGUGAAAUGCUUGUUGAAAGAUUAAAACCUAUUAAAGAGGAGAAUCCUAACGCUACAUGGGAAGAAAUUGUUGAGAUUGCUUUUCUGGAAAAUGUCGAUUUAUCGGCUACAUUUAUGUACAAAGAUCAAGAUAUGACACCAUAUUUCAUGCAUGCUGCAAGUUGUACCGAAGUCGAAGUGGAUUUCCUUACUGGAAAUUUACUUUUAAAGCGAGUUGAUAUACUGCAAGAUACAGGAGAAAGUAUGAGUCCAGGAAUCGACAUCGGUCAAAUUGAAGGAGGUUUCGUUUCUGGUUUGGGUAUUUGGCUUACAGAAAAUUGCGUUUAUGACAAGGCAACUGCUGAAUUGCUUACAAAUCGUUCAUUUAACUAUAAACCUCCUGGGGCACAAGAUAUUCCAAUUGAUUUCCGCAUUAAGCUUCUUCAAAAGUCCCCAAAUCCAUUCUUCGUUUUAAGAUCAAAAGCUUGUUCUGAGCCUCCCAAUACACUUGCUGUUGGUGUCAACUUUGCUAUAAGGUACGCAAUCGAUGCAUCAAGAAGAGAUAAUGGUUUUAAAGAUUCAGAUUGGUAUACAUUUGAAGUUCCUCUUAGUCCUGAUAAAAUUUUCCUUUUGUCUGGAAACAAAUAUGAAGAUUAUAAACUAAAUUGAAGCAUUAAAAUUUGGUGGAGGAGUUCUUUAUAUGCAAUAAAACAUUUCUUUUGCACUUGUACACCUUAACAUGCUUAUUACUAAAAAUACAAAUAAAACUGCAU